AUGGCCACUAAAAUCUUCUCUGCAUCUCCCGUAAUCUCCGCCUCCGCCACAAAAACGCCGCCCCUCCCCAAGGCGAUAGCAUCGCGCAUAGGCACCUCCCUGACCGCCGCAUUCGCCGCGACUGCCGUCCUGACGAUGGCUCCGGCGCUGCCGGCGGCGGGGGAGGGGAACCAAGCGUACAAGCUAUACUACGGGACGGCAGCGAGCGCGGCGAACUACGGGGGAUACGGAGGGAACUCGGACAGGAAGACAUCGGCGGAGUACGUGUACGACGUGCCGGAGGGGUGGAAGGAGAGGCAGGUGUCGAAGGUGGAGAAGGGGACGAACGGGACAGACAGCGAAUUCUACAACCCGAAGAAGAAGACGGAGAAGGAGUACCUAACGUACCUUGCGGGGUUCAGACAGCUGGCGCCGAGGGACGUGAUCCUGAACAACCUGGCGCUGUCGGACGUGGAGCUGCAGGAUCUGAUAGCAGGCGCGGACAAAGUGGUGUCGGAGGAGAGGAAGGACGAGGAGACGGGGCAGGUGUACUAUCUGUACGAGAUCGAAGGAGUCGGGAAGCACAGUCUGAUCACAGUCACUUGCGCUAAGAACAAGCUCUACGCCCAUUUCAUCAACGCCCCUACCCCCGAGUGGAACCGCGACCACGAUACCUUAACCCACCUUCGCGACUCCUUCAAGACCGUCUCUCCUUCUUCUUGA